UCCUCCCAUUACACAAAGCAACUCACACUCAAAAGAGAGAGAAAAAACAUAAUCACAAAAAACCCAGAAAACCACCACAAAAAGCUUCAAGUUCAUCAACAAUGGCGAGAACUAAGCAAACAGCAAGGAAAUCCACCGGAGGAAAAGCUCCAAGGAAGCAGCUCGCAACCAAAGCUGCUCGCAAAUCAGCUCCGGCAACCGGCGGAGUGAAGAAGCCACACAGAUUCAGGCCAGGAACCGUCGCUCUCCGUGAAAUCCGCAAGUACCAGAAGAGCACUGAGCUUCUCAUCAGGAAGCUUCCAUUCCAGAGGCUUGUAAGAGAAAUCGCUCAAGAUUUCAAAACCGAUCUUCGUUUCCAGAGCUCUGCUGUUGCUGCUCUUCAGGAAGCUGCUGAGGCUUACCUUGUUGGUUUGUUCGAGGAUACUAAUUUGUGCGCGAUUCAUGCUAAGAGAGUCACUAUCAUGCCUAAGGAUAUCCAGCUUGCUAGGAGGAUCCGUGGAGAGCGUGCUUAGGGUUCUUAAUUGUCUGGUUUUAAUGUUUUUAGAUGUGAUUAAGAUGGUUUAAUUACUUAAUUAGGGUUUGUGUUUUGGUAUCUUUUGGCAGUGUAAAGGUUAUCCUUCGGAUCUAUCAAUGAAAUUUAAAUUUGCGUUUUAUGAACAA